UGGAAAAGAGAGCGGGGCAGUGUGUGUGUGUGUGUGUGUGUGUGUAUGUGUGUGUGUGUGUGCGUGUGUGUGUGUGUUACACACAAAAGCAGAUACUCACAAGUCAGCAGAAGACAAAGAGAGACCAGAAGCUCCUGACAAACACAUUAUGAAGAGACUUUGUGUUGUGGAUUUAAAGGCAUUUGGAUGAUAGAAUCACGGGAUUGUGAAGUGCAGGACGGCGCCUGGAGAUCAUGGAACAUGAGAGUGCUGUGUCAGCACCGGCGAACCAAUCACAGUACCGCAACACCUCCCUGGUUUCUGAUUUGUUGACGAGAUCUUCGGAGUACAGCGAUGCGGAGCUGGUGCUGCUGGGUGUUGCAAUGGGUAUUCUGGUUCUGGCCAUCGUGUUUGGUAACGUGCUGGUGAUCACCUCCAUCCUGCGGUUCCAGCGGCUCCAGACAGUCACCAACUUCUUCAUCGCCUCGCUGGCGGUUGCCGACCUCAUCAUGGGUCUGGUCGUGGUCCCCUUCGGCUCCAGCUACAUCCUGCUGGGAACCUGGCAGUUUGGAAAAUUCAUGUGCGAAUUCUGGACGGCGACCGACGUGCUGUUUGUGACGGCCAGCAUCGAAACCCUGUGCGUGAUUGCAGUGGACCGUUACCUCGCCAUCACCUCGCCGCUUCGCUACCCGACGCUACUCACCAGGGGUCGGGCCAUCGCCGUGGUCCUUGGGGUUUGGGCGGUGGCCUCCCUCAUCUCCUUCCUUCCCAUCUAUCUGGAGUGGUGGGUGUCAAAAGAUGAACAAGCGCGCAAGUGCUUGGCCGAUGAGUACUGUUGUGAUUUCAACACCAAUGCGGCGUACGCCGUGUCCUCCUCAAUCGUGUCCUUCUACCUCCCGCUGGUGGUGAUGAUUUUCCUGUACACCCGUGUCUUCCAGGAGGCGCAGAAACAGCUGGAGAAGAUCAGAGGGAGGGAGAGGCACUUCAAUAACUUGCAUUACACUGCACAGCUGGCUGAUCCCGAUGAUAGUCCGGCGAUGAAUAAACUGGCAGGAAGUGAGGUGGGAGAAGAAGAAGCGGGAGAGGACAGACUAAACAUGCAGAAAGCAGGAGGUAUAGACAAUGUCAGGGUGGAAAAGUCUGCCGAGAACAGAGCGAGGACAGAAAAAGGGGAAGGAAGACACUCCGCCGCGAAGCGUCUGAAGUUCUGUCUAAAGGAGCACAAGGCUGUGAAAACUCUGGGGAUCAUCAUGGGGACCUUCACGUUGUGUUGGCUACCCUUCUUCAUCCUCAACAUCCUGAUGACCUUCCUCAACUUGGGGGACAUCAAGUUGCUCUUCAGACUCCUGAACUGGCUCGGAUACUCCAACUCGGCCUUCAACCCGCUCAUCUACUGCCGCAGCCCCGACUUCAGGCACGCUUUCCAAGAGGUGCUCUGUUUGGGGAGCAGAUGGGGGAGCGGGGGGCGGGGGCGGUGCAGGGACAGACACCGUCACGCCAAGCCCCCAGGUCGGACCAAAGGGAACUCAGACCUGAACGGGGUCAGGGGGCUGGACAUUCAGCAAGAGUUAGGGUGGAAUGGCAGUCUGGAGAGCUCCAUCCAGGACAGCUCGCUGACUCUGGCUCAACCGGCUUCUUGCCAUGAGCAGGUUUUAGAAGGAGCUCCCAGUUCCCUGACCCACUGGCAGGCGGACAGUUCAGCUGAUGGGAGCUGUGAGGGAAAUCUGGCUUCUCUUGCUUGACCAAUUAGGACAUUCUGUGUGCAAAGUCAUGCGGUGAGCAUCAAUUAAAUGGAGCUCACGAUGACUCACGUUUCACAUCACUGUCCCUCUUUACAGCUGGAUUAUUCCUAUUAACAGCUCCACGAGUGAAUUAUGUUUAACAGUAUUUGUCAUUUGGAAAAGUCUGACGUCAAACUUUAAGUGGAUUUUCAAGGCAUCAUAACACAACAUAUCGAGGUACAAUUACGCCGUACACAAUGCAAAAGGAGACAAAGAGUAUAACCUAAAAUAUAAUGAUUACAGCAUUAUCAAAAUGAAACUAAACAUUACGAGCUUCCCCACAUUGGUACAAUGGGGCAAUCAUUUGAAGAUGUCUCUAUUGUUUUGUUCACACAUAAAGGUGAUGUUUUAAUUGACAGUCCAUACAUUGUUUAUCUCUAAAUUACAGGAAAAGAAAUAUAGGAAUAAAAUAUGUCAGGACAUUUUACUGUUACAUGUGAAUGACUGCUGGUAAAAUAUUCAGACUGAAUUGAGGAACAUCUCGUGUGGGUACCAUAGUUAUUGUUUUGCUUAAAAACAACUGUGAGGAUUUAAACAGUUCUGUGUUUUAAUCAUUAUGAAUUCAUACUAGACCGUGACUGAUCAUUUUCUACCAAAACUCACCACAUUUGCAGUGCUAAUAACCAGAAGAGUUUGGCACAACCAGCCAAAUUCUAUCAAGCAAAGAUUUUAAAAAUGCAUUUUGUUUGCCACUAAAAAAGUCUUAUUUGAAAUAGAGGGUCUCAUUUGAGGCUCCCUUAUGAUAACCUUCUUAGAUGUGUGUUUUUCAUUCCUACCGGAUAAACAUUACAUAUGGUCCAAGAUCAUUUUCCGUCAGACAAACAUCUGAGACUUGUGACUAUUAGCUGGAAAACGUUUCCUUCCUCUUUAUCUCUCCAAACAAUCAGCAUCUAGUUGCUUCUAUUCGAUCACAUUUUAUCUCAAUAUUAUCUUUCACACAGAGCUGGGGAGAUCACCUGCAUGCACUGGGAUGUGGUUUUUAUAACAUUGUCAAAAACACAACACAUAUUCUUAAUACUCACUUUUCAUAUUACUCAGCAACGAAAAGUGUGUUUUGAUUAGUUUUUAUAUCUUUAUUUUCCAAAUUUAAAGUGAUGAUGAUAAAGUAGCCCGCACACAGUUUAGCAAUAAAGACUCCCCAGUAUCAGAUUACAUCAUACUCCAAGUGGCUGCUUUUAUAUGUAUAUAUAAUUUUUCAAAAUAUGUGUGUGUGUGUGUGUGUAAAAUUACACCUAAUAAGUUAUUGAAGGUUAAUAAGUGGCAUGUGUGUGUGUGAAGUAUAUAUGAUCUGUACAUGUGUGUGUCUGUCUGUAUGUGUAUUUGUGAUCUUUAAACAUGCCAUUGGAUAUUUAUAAUUAACUGUCAGGUGUCAUGAGACUUGGAUUAAACUAACUGUUGAAAAAUAUACACUACCGUUCAAAAGUUUGGGGUCACUUAGAAAUGUAUUUAUUUUUCAAAGAAAAGCACUGUUUUUUCAAUAAAGCUAACAUGAAUCAAAAAUACACACUUUCCAUUGUUAAUGUGGUAAAUGACUAUUCUCGGUGGAAGUGUCUGGUUUCUAAUGAAAUAUCUCCAUAGGUGUAUAGAGGCCCAUUUCCAUCAACGAUCACUCCAGUGUUCUAAUGGUACAUUGUGUUUGCUAAUCGCCUUAGAAGACUAAUGUCUGAUUAGAAAACCCUUGUGCAAUUAUGUUAGCACAGCUGAAAACAGUUAUGCUGGUGAUAUAAGCUAUACAACUAGCCUUCCUUUGAGCUUGAAGUUUGAAGAACAAAAUUAAUAUUUCAAAUAUUAAUCAUUAUUUCUAACCUUGUCAAUGUCUUGACUAUAUUUUCUAUUCAAUUUUCAAUUCAUUUGAUAAAUAAAAGUGAGUUUUCAUGGAAGACACGAAAUUGUCUGGAUGACCCCAAACUUUUGAACGGUAGUGUAUAUUUUUAAAUAUCAACAAAAAAGAACCAACAAGUUGUUUUCAUGUCGGAUCAUGUUUGUUAUUGCAUGUGGAGUUGAAGCAGCACUGAAACACGAGUCUCCACUCACACAAUUAUAUUUAGCUGUAUAUGUAUCUUGAAUUACUUCGACAAACUAAAGGUUGUCAGGUGUUUAGCUUUUAACCAAAGGAGUGGAUUCUAUUUCCUACCUCCAUCAGACCCACAUGAAUGUCAAGUCAUCUCUGAAAAUAUGUAUUCGUCCAAAAGCUGUUCGAUAUUUUUAGUAUUGUGAGUAAAGAAGAAUGACGUUUUGACAUUGUGCUGCUUGUAUCUGUUGCUCAUCUGUGUGUGUGUGUGAUCUGAAGAGGCAAAGAGAGAGAGAGAGAGAGAGAGAGAGAGAGAGAGAGGUGAACAAACAAACAGAUCAGGGGAUUGAGGUUAUUUGGGCCGAACGAGCAGCUGUCUUUAUGAUUGGACGUUAAUUAAAUUACAAUAUAAUUUUAUUCUGGUAUGAAUCAUCAGGAAUCACAGUUUGUUGGACUGGGUGCUAAUCUAAUGCUUUCUUUACAGUGGCACAUUUUUUAUUUUAGCAUCGGCGCUCACUGACCAUACACAAAGGUUCAAAGAGAAACAGUGUGACUGCGAACACGCGGUUGACCAAGCAGAACAUUCAUCCGAAAAUCUAAUCUCAUUUAAUCUCAUUUUCCUAAAGGGGAUCCUCCUCUGUUGCUCUCCUGCAGGUUUCUUCCCUUUUUUUCCCCCUGAAGGGUUAUUUGGGAGUUUUUCCUGGUCCGAUGUGAGGUUUUGGGGCAGGGAUGUCUAUGUGUACAGAUUGUAAAGCACUCCGAGACAAAUUUGUAAUUUGUGAAAUUGGGCUAUACAAAUAAACUGAAUUGAAUUGAAUUGAAUUAAAGCAUAAGAGAAAAAACAAUAACUCCCAAAAAAAGCAAUAAUAAAAUCAAAUCAAAAGGCUCUUUGUCAACAAAAAAAUUGUUUUACCAGGAAAUGUGAUUUCAUGUCACGCUGCAACUUUAACCUUUUUAACUAAGGCCAUGGGACAGAGGCCUUUUGUGUUUAUCCAGUCAUCCAAGUUAGUCAUGAAGACCCGACCUGUCUGUUUGCAUUCAAGUCAACGCGUGUGUGUGUGUGUGUGUGUGUGUGUGUGUGUGUGUGUGUGUGUGUGUGUGUGUGUGUGUGUGUGUGUGUGUGUGUGUGUGUGUGUGUGUGUGUGUGUGUGUGUGUGUGUGUGUGUGUGUGUGUGUGUGUGUGUGAGGCUUGACGUACAAUAACAGGUGCAGGCGGUCACAGCAGCUGCAGUAUCAGCUGCUGUGGAGGAAAUACAAUCAGCUAUACGGCCUUAAUUCACACACACAUGCAACUUUACAGUUUGAUGGGAAAGACACUGUGCGGCCGACUUGUGUGUCUGUGAAUGUGACCUGUUUCCACGGAAAUUCAAUAUGCAACGUUGAUACACUUAAUAUGAAUGUCUUUUUGUCGCGUGUCCUGUAUCUAUUACUGUCCGGUCUUCCUUUCGUUCGUUUUUAUUAUUAAAACCUGCCACGGUGCCGUCUCCUGAACGUGUGCCCGUGUUGUGGA